AUGGCUGCGCGUAGAGCCGCGAAUUCGACCAUCGGCGCGCACCUUCGCUCCUCCUUCAUCCGCCUCUCACGCACCUUCAACCCACCAUGCGUUGCUGACGUGUCACCACAUUGUCCAUCAUCCGCGAUCCCGUCAACCGCCAAAUUUUCGCAACGCACGGCGGGUCGCAUUCAAUCCCCACCGUUGUCGUCGGCGGCUCCGAUCUCUGAUCGGAUCCGGAACUUCUCCAUUGUCGCCCACGUGGACCACGGGAAAUCCACGCUGGCAGACCGCCUGCUGGAGCUGACAGGCACGCUCACGCCCAGCGACACCAAGGGGCAGGCGCGCCCACAAUAUCUGGACAAGCUGCAGGUGGAGAGGGAGCGAGGCAUCACAGUGAAGGCACAGACCGCCACCAUGCUCUUUGACUUGCACCCAUCGGCACCUACUGGAGGUGACCAGUCUGGCCCUGGUCCUCCUCCCGGGCGCUACCUGCUGAAUCUGAUAGACACGCCCGGCCACGUGGACUUCAGCUACGAGGUGUCUCGCUCGCUGGCCGCCACGCAGGGCGUGCUGCUGCUGGUGGACGCGCAGCAGGGCAUUCAGGCACAGACCGUCGCGAAUUUAUUUCUCGCUUUGGAAGGAGACUUGGCCAUCGUACCCGUUGUGAACAAGAUUGACAGGCCCGAUGCCGAUCCCCAAGCUGUUGCUGCCCAAAUCGCCUCCACCUUCGACCUGCCCCUCACCUCCUGCCUCUUCACCUCGGCCCGCACGGGAGCCGGCCUGCCCUCUCUCCUCUCCGCCAUCGUGCGCCAGAUACCACCUCCCCCAGGCGACCCUGCCGCGCCGCUGCGCGCGCUGCUAUUGGACGCGCACUUUGACGAGUACAGGGGCGUGGUGUGCCACGUGGCAGUGGUUGAUGGGGCAAUCAGGGAGGGGGAGAAGGUGGCGGUGGCAGGCAUGGGGAUGAGCUACGACGUGGGGGAGGUGGGGGUGAUGUACCCUGAGGCAACGCCCACAGGCUGUUUGCUUACUGGGCAGGUGGGGUAUGUGAUGCUGGGUAUGCGCACGACUCGAGAAGCAAGGGUAGGCGACACCAUUCACCACCAUAAAUCCCAAGUGUCGCCCCUACCGGGCUUCAGGGCGGCGCAGCACAUGGUGUUUGCGGGGGUGUUCCCGGCCGAUGGGUCUGACUUUGAGGCGCUGGCCAAGGCGGUGGACAAGCUGGUGUGCAACGAUGCCAGCGUGGCAGUGACAAGAUACAGCAGUGCUGCACUGGGGGCUGGAUUCAGGUGCGGCUUCCUGGGUUUGCUCCACAUGGACGUGUUUCACCAGCGCCUGCAGCAGGAGUUUGGAGCCGAGGUCAUCUCAACCGCUCCCUCCGUGCCUGCCAUCUUUGAAUACGCUGACGGCACUCGCAUAGAAGCCCAGGGUCCAUCCGACAUCCCAUCUGUCCCGAAGCAGCGAGUGCUUCGCUGCACCGAGCCCUUCGUGCUCGCUACCAUCGUGACUCCCUCCAAGUACGUGGGACCUAUCAUGGACCUCUGUGCGAGCAGGAGGGGCGAGCAGAAAGAGUACUCGUUUAUUGAUGGCGACCGGGCCAUGCUGCGCUAUGACAUGCCGGUGAGGGAGGUGGUGAUGGAUUUCUACAGCCACCUCAAGAGCAUCUCGUCAGGGUUCGCGACGUUUGACUACGAAGAUGCCGGCAUGAGGGAGGCGGAUCUGGUGAAGGUGGAUGUGCUGCUGAAUGGCAAGCCAGUGGAUGCGCUGGCAGCCAUCGCCCACAGAGACGCGGCGCAGCGCAUGGGCAGGAAGCUGGUGGAGCGCCUCAAAGGGGUGCUCGACAGGCAAAUGUUUGAGGUGGUUAUCCAGGCUGCUAUUGGCGCUAAAGUGAUCGCAAAUCGGAUCGGAGCGGUCAUGGGAUCGCCGUCGGUGAUGGAUGAGGUGCGGAAGGUGAUGGCGAUGGUGACGGAGGGCAACGAGCAGCUGCAGCAGGCGCAGGAGCAGGCCUCCGCCGCCAUUCGCGAGACCACCGCGGCCGCGCGGCAGCAAAUGGCGGUCAUGGAAGCUGCAGCGUCGGAGCAGCUGCUGGAAGCGAAGGCGUCCCUUGAGGUGGCUCGUGAGGUGUACACACAAUACGAGGACGUUUUCUUCCACCACCUCAAGAUGGGGGUUUAUCUGGCCUCAGAGCAUCGCGUUGCCUCGUCUGCAGCGCUGCUCUCUGCCCUCGCUUUUAUCCUUCCAGGGCCACGCAAGAUGCUGUAUAGGGCAACAUUUGGCCGGUUCCAAACUCCAGAGGUGCUGGUGGAGUCAGCCGAGCUCAAGCUGGAAAGGUUUGAAGCAGUUAGUGGAGGUGAAUGGAGGUUAACGCAAGUGCUGGUGGAGUCAGCAGAGCGCAAGCUAGAGGGCUUGAAGCAGUCGGUGGAAGUCUUUAAGAACGACACCAAGAAGCUGCAGGAACGGGCUCAAAUGGCCGAGUCAGAGUUCCUGUCAGGCCGAGACAAGCUGAAGGCUGCAGGGGCUGAGAUGCAAAGGCUGGCAGGGACGGUACGAGCAGCAGAGAAGAAGUCACUGGGGCUUCGUGAGCUACUAAAAGACCUGCCUGCAAGAGACAGCGUUCGGCUGCGAACAGAGCUGGCCAUGGCAACCCGAGAGGCUCAACGUCAAUUGCAUGCCAUUAACAAGACAACUGUGCAUGUGGCUCGUCUCGGCAUCCCUAUCUAG